UUUUUUACUCUGUGAUUUUUGUUUAUAAAAUGCGUAUAUGCGGAUUGUAAUGUAAUUUUGAUUUUGCUAUUAUUUAAAGUUUAAUUUAUAACAAAUGCGGACAAAAGUAUCUUCGUGUUUCUCUUCGAAUUUGCACACCGCUGCAUAAAUAAACACUACAGUGGUUUUACAUUUUGUAUAGAAGUACCUACACGUGUCAUUCCUGCUAACCGGCUAAAGAGGUCAACCAAGAUAAUAAGUUCAUCGGCUUCAAGAUGCUGUAUUUGUUUACCAUACUGAUUACCCUUUCAUCAUGUGCUUGCCUGAAAUAUUCCUCAGUGGAUACACUCUAUAAAAAAGGUGUUCAAGCUUACACGGACGAAAGAUGGUCUGAGUGCAUUGUUCAGUUUGAAGAAGCUUUGCACCUCUAUAAACUACAUAAGUCCGUAUUGAACAACUGUAGGACGCAAUGCAAUGUACCUCAACAUACGUCAUCUAUUAAAGAAAAUAUAGAUGACUUAAAAAUAUAUGAAAAAUAUUUUAUCCAAAGGAAUUGCUUAAAUGACUGUCAAGACAAAGGUUUCAAUGAUUUGAAUCUGUACAGUGACAUAGAAGAAUCCGUUUUAGAAAAGAUACAGAUGAAAACACCUUAUGAGUUCCUGCAUGUAUGCUAUUUUCAGAUGAAUAAUCUGCCCAAAGCUGCAUCUUCGGCAUAUACAUAUUUAGUAGCUAACCCUGAGAGUGAUCAAAUGAAAAAUAACUUGCAAUUCUAUAUUGAACAACAAGAAGUUGACAGGAAUGAAAUAGUUGACCUAGAUGGUGAAGAUUGGAAGGUGCUAUACAAGCUUGGUGUUCGUUCAUACAAUCAAGGGAAUUGGGGAGAAACUGUAGCAGCAAUGGAGGAAGUUUUAACAGAUUACAUAACAUCUGAAAACAGUUGUAGAGUUGACUGUGAAAAACUGCCAGAACAGCAAUGGUCUUCCGAGUUUGUUAUCACAACAUCAAAUAAUAUGGCUGCUAUACUGCAAUGUAAACAAUUAUGCCAAGAUAAAUUGAAAUUCUUUGGCUAUAAUUCAGGUCUUGAAUUUUUGGCUGAUAUCUUAAACUAUCUACAGAUAUCAUAUUACCACUUAGAUCGAUUUGAUGAUGCCGCCAAAAUGGUUGCUAGUCACUUAGCAAUAUUACCAACAGAUGAAGAUAUGAUAGUUAACAAAAAUAUUUACAAAACUUUGGCUAAGGAAGGGGCUUUUGUUGAACGUCCUGACAUAGCACAUUAUGUCAAGAGAGAUAUGUAUGAAAAAAUACUUUUAGAUAUUUUUCAUCAAGGAAGCAACUAUCAUAUUAACUCUAAUUUCAUUUGAAAUGUUUUCAAUGCUGAAAGAAUAAUGAAUGUACUGAAUUUGGUGCCAAAGAAAUUAAUUAUAUUUUUACCUAAUAUAAGUAACAUUAGAUAUAAGUAAGAGAUAAAAUGAAUGUUGCAUUUACCAAAAAACAUCUUAUUUUAGUUAUUCUGCACCAAGUGCCUUUAACAUUAUUGUUAAUUAUUAUACCUUCUAUCUAUUUGAUAUAGUGCCAUAUUUUUUUAGCAAGUAGUUAAUAACAUUUUAAUAAUUUUUAU